AUACAAACAUCAACGAGAAACAAACACAAACCAGAGACUGGCUGGCACAGAAAACAAGCGCCUCAUACGCCACCACCAACAUCAGCAAAAACGCCGAAAAGGAAGUGAUGAAGCGGACGGUACUUUUGUUGCUAGCUUAGUAGAAUUGUGAAACCCGUCUUGUGUACAGGCAAACCCAUCACUGAAAGCGGCCGGUUUUUUCGUUUCAUCGUAUUUUUUUGCACUUGAUAAGAUGUUCCAGAAUGGUGUGCACUUGCUAGAACAAUUAGAACUGCCUUCGGAAGCAACGUUAUUCUGCCGGCUCUGUUUGGCCAAGAACAAUCUGAUUGAGCUGGUGCCAGAUGAGAAUGGCAGCAUUGAGGAUGACCCUGCCGAAGCAAGCUGCAAACAACGAGCUUCGCAGUUCGUGGAGCUGAUAUUUGAGUGCACUAACGUUAGGCUCUCCCUAGAAAAUGAACCUGGCUGUGCCAUCUGUCAGCAUUGUCAACGAGCACUGGCGGAGAUUUAUCGAUUUCGCUUCCAAGCUAAGCGCGUUGACGAGUUGAUCAAGUCGAAACUAAUCGAAUCGACGACAACCGAUGGAAGGUUAGUUGAUGCUGCAAUCGAGAUAGGGGAGACCAAACAAGUAGAACCAUGCACCAAAAAUGCAGGCACCGAUGGCGGGUUUGGUAAAAAGCAACCAAGCGCUCAAAAACGCCCAAAUCUUGCCCCACUCGUGCCAAGAAUCGGCGUUGGCGGCUGCACCGGAAUGCACAAAUGUCGCUACUGCCCAAAGUCAUUCAAAACAACGGGUGCCUUGAAGGAGCAUUCACGCGCUCACAGUCGACCCCACCGGUGUCCGAACUGUCUGGAACAGUUCCAGCAUGGUCCGUCGCUAGCGAGACACAUCCGAAAUAGGACGUGUUUCACUUUCACAAAAUACCGCUGCCGGGUUUGCAGCGAAAGCUUCCCCGAGCAGGACCAUUGGGUGGAGCACAUCAAAAUCCAUGCGGAGGAUUUUCCCUACCAAUGCCAGGAGUGUCUGUCACAGUUCAAACAUAAGGCAACCCUUCGUCGGCAUGUUAACACGGUUCAUCUUCUGCAGUAUUAGAUCAACAUCGGGUAGCGUCAAGUUUUGCUUUACUAUUACGCAUGGACUUGAUAUAGUUGGUGUGUAAAUUAGUUUUUUUUUAUUUUAUGCAAAAAAGACGCGGUUUACUGUUUAUUAUCAAUAUUAAAAUGCAACGAUUUGUGAUAACUCACGAAAA